UUAUAAAUAAUGUCUGUCAGACCAAUUACCAAUGCUGAAAUUUACAGAGCCUACGGCCAGCCUUGGGCAACAUACGCAGGGAUAUUUUUCUCCUUACAAGGAGUCCUCGCUUACAUGAGCAUGAACAAGAUUACCGCUGCUGAUAAGUUCUUCACACAGAAAGGUCAAUUCCCUAGAUUCUUGCUCCUCACCGUUGGAGGAUACUAUAUGGGGAAAUUGCUUGUUCAGCACUUGGCUGGUGACCAGGAAUUAAUGAGACUGCACAAGACACAUUUAAUUGAUCAAGAGUACGGAGUCUACGAUGAGAAAAAGUUUGAAUAAUCA